AUGAUCGUGAUGUCGUCAGCGUACGCCAUCACUGCCACCGAAGGGCACAUAGCUGCUGCUUUCAGGAGGGUUGGCUGGAUUGCCGCCGCGAAUAGCAUGGGCCCCAGGGGGUCUCCCUGCCGGACCCCUCUGGCGCUCACGAUGUGUUGUUCGUCGAAGCCCGGGCUAUCAGCCGUGAUGGUAGCAGUAGGUCCCUUAGCGGCUUGGUUAGAUCUAGCUUUUUCCCUUGCCACGGCCGCCACUAGGCCCCCUCGUCCUCCCCUUCCGCGCGCGCCUCGCCCGCCGCGUCCCCUCGACGCGGCCUGUUCUCCUUCCCGCGCUCUAGCAGGCGGGUUUCCCGCCGCUGCCUCAGCCGCGCGUUCCCGUAGCAGCCUCUGCCGCGCCGUUCCCACUCAACGCCGGUCAAUCGCGGCAACCUGUUCCUCCUCCUCCGCUACCGCAGCGUCUUCCACCGCAGUCCCUGUACCAGCGGUUGCUCCGUGGGGCCUCACGGCCUCUUGUCUGAUCCCUGAUGACGUGCCGCCGUCAUCCGCCUCGGCGCGAUGUGAUAGUGGCGGCGGGAUCUCCUGCUGCGCCCACCCCACCAGCGGCCCCGGGCAGGCAGGUGCCAGCCCUGUUCCGAGCCGUCGCGGACUGCUUAUCUAUGUGCGUUGGCAGCGCCCCACCUGUGCCGCCGGUCCCUCCUGCGCGGUCGAGGCAGCCGGUGUAUCGCUCUCCCCGUGGGCACACCCACCCGUAUCUAUGCGCGCGAGGGCAGUCUUUCCGCCACGCCCGCCGCCGUCUGGCCAGGCCCGUGUUCGGCCCCCGCUCCACGCAUCCCCGGCACAAUCCCAGCCGUUGCAGCUUCCUCUGACGCCUGACGAGUCUGCGUCCUCUCUUCAGGCUCCGCCACCUGUGCCGGCGCAAUCCGCGCCUCCAGUCCUGCCCUCGCGUACGACGCCGUUGGCGCUGGGGUCGACGCCAUCUCCGCAGUCUCAGCCCCCUGUUCCUACGCCUCCCCCGGUGCAUCCCGCUCCUCUGUCGUCUGCUGAUGCUCGCGCAGCCGUGCCACAGUCGGUCUCGGCGUCGGACUCGCCGUCGCCCCUGCCUCAGCCGGAUGCCCCCCCUGCCCCACUCCCGUCGGCGGCGCCUCCGAUUCCUCCGUUUGCCCAUUCGUACCCGCCUCGGUUGGAUGCGACUGAACCGGCUCUGCCAGCCCCUCGCUGGCGGCCUCCGGCAGCUCACCCGUGUCAGCCCCGUCGCCAGCACCCUCUUGUGGCCCAGUCUCGCCUCCCUAGGGCGCGUUUUGGAUUUGUGAGUGGCCUCGUGUCCCGUCCGGUGCCUGGUCUCUCGCGAGGCUACUGGAACGAUGACGAGGUGCCGGGCACGCCUCGUGACCCGGACGUUGAUUGGUGGGCGGUGUCGUGGCCCCAAGAGCAGAGAGGGGCGGACGGGGACUGGGGCACUCCUCCCCCGGACGCUCCUUGGGGGGAGCCUCGGCCUGGCGAUGGGGCGUACCAAGCCCGGGGCAUGCGGUUGUCUGAUGCUGGUCGCUGUGUGACGGAGCUGUCCUUUGUGCUUGACCUCCUGCACGACGCCUUUGAGUCACAUGAGGUUGUGGCACGGGAUCCGCAACUGGCCGAAGGCCAGCGUGGCCGGGCCCGCUGCGCGGUGUCGAGUGCGCUGUGGGACAUUCUUCGUUUGCCGCUUGAACCUGAGGAUCCUUCGCUGGACGACGGACCUGGCGCUGCAGCUUUCCGCAUGGUAGCCACGGCUGUUGAGGAGUGCCCUCUCGGCAUCGUCCCUGCGAUCGCGUGUGUGCUCCGGUGGCUCGGGCGGCGGGUGGAGCGGAUGUAG